AUGGCGGGCUCGGCGGUGCUCAAGGGGACUCCUGGGGGGUUGGGCCCCGCGGAGCCCGAAGACGCGCGCGGUUGGCGCUGCUCAGAGCACAGCGACCGCGUGGUUGAGCUCUUCUGUCGCCGCUGCCGCCGCUGCGUGUGCGCGCUUUGCCCGGUGCUGGGCUCGCACCGCGGCCACCCGAUCGGUUUGGCCCUGGAGGAGGCGGCGCGCGUGCAGAAAUUCACCCAAGAAUGUUUAAAGCAUUUGGCAACCAAGAAGCAGCAGGAAGUUGGCAACAUAACCCAGAUAGAAGAUGCUGCUGAGAAACUCAAGGUUCAUGCAGAGUCAAGUAAAACCUGGCUGACCGGAAAAUUUACUGAACUCAGAUUACUACUUGAAGAAGAGGAAGCUCUGGCCAAGAAAUUCAUUGAUAAAAACACACAGCUUGCCCUGCAGGCGUACACAGAGCAAAUCAAGUCUUGUGGGGAACAAAUUGAUGUCGUGAACACUCUGUCCAACAGGGUCUGGACUAUCAGCCAAGAAACCAAUCCUGUACAGCUGCUGCAGGAGUACACAGCCGCUGAGCAGCAGAUACAGCAGCAGAUGAGGCUGGGGGAGCUGUGCCACCCUGUGCCCCACUCAUUCGAGCCCGUCAAGAGCUUCUUUAAGGACCUCGUGGAAGCCAUGCAGAGCCUGCUGCAGACGCCACUGGAUGUCCGCCUUAAGGAAAGUAGGAACUGUCAGCUCUCGGGCUCCUCCUGCGUCCAGCCUGGUUCCUUGUUGAAAACAAGCCCCUCACCAGAGCGAUCACUCUUCUUAAAAUACGCGCGCACGCCCUGUCUGGAGCCCGACACGAUGCACGCGCGCUUGCGCCUUUCUGCUGACCUCCUGACGGUACGCUGCGGCCUCCUCGGACGCCUGGGACCCACUGCCGCGCUGCGUUUCGACGCGCUGUGGCAGGUGCUGGGCCGCGACUGCUUCGCCGCCGGCCGCCACUACUGGGAAGUGGAUGUGCAGGAGGCGGGCGUCGGCUGGUGGGUGGGCGCGGCCUACGGCUCCCUGCGACGCCACGGGGCCUCGGACGCCGCCCGCCUGGGCUGCAACCGCCAGUCGUGGUGCCUCAAGCGCUAUGACCUCGAGUACUGGGCCUUCCACGACUGCCAGCGCAGCCGCCUGCGGCCCCGCCACGACCCUGACCGGCUCGGUGUCUUCCUGGAUUACGAGGCCGGCGUCCUGGCCUUCUACGACGUGACGGACGGCAUGAGCCACCUACACACCUUCCGGGCCGCCUUCCAGGAGCCGCUCUACCCGGCCCUGCGGCUCUGGGAAGGGGCCAUCAGCAUCUCCCGGCUGCCCUAG